AUGGGAGCCGGUUUGGUGGAGCGGCGAGAGGUGCGGCAAACGGCCGAAGCAACGGGUGGAGAUGAGGUGGAGGGGAAAAAGAAGGUGCUCGGCUUCAAGGAGAAGGUCUUUGUGCCUCGGGAGUCGUUGAUCACGUAAGUUGGGGGAUUGGAAGAGCUGUUAUUUUGUUGAGUAGAGGUGAAAUUUAAUGUAAGCUUUUAACUUUUUUCCAAAUUGUGGAAACUUUACAAAAUAAUUUUUUGGCACAAGAUUUAUAGUACACUGGUACAUAUUGGGGCCAAAUAUGACACAGUUUUAUUGAAAACAGCAAAAGUUACAGCGAUUUUAAAAGUGCAUUUAUAAUUUUGUCGAGCAGUGUAUGACCAAAGUAUUUAUAAUCUACUCCCUUUCAAGUACCAGUAAAUUUAUUUGUUAUGGAAGGGCUUCGUUGUGCAAAAUUUCAUUAUGGCUUAAAAUUUACUCUACAGAGCUUCGGGAUUUCUCGUUACAGACAAGUUUUGUUGUACAUGAGUGGCCUUUAUCUGAGCUUAUACCACUUCUGAGAAAUACUAAAAUCAUCAGUUAAGCAUGAGAUACGUAGAUCUUUAUUCUUGUUGUCGCCGCUGUUUUAUCCAACAACUUCUAAGUUUGUAAAUGCUAAUAAGAAAUAAUUAGUAAUCUACAGCGUGUAUGACAUUAACUUUAAAAUCUUUUUAUGGAGCUCGGCCCAACGAAACGGUCAUUUUUUAUGAUUUUUUUGAUCGAUUACAAGAACAGAUUGAUUAAUUUUAUCGCAAAAACCCCUCACCAUGACGUUUUUUUACACCCUUAAAAAUAAUUUGGUGCUUGUAAUGUCUGUUGCUGCAGAUUUCACAGCAAAAGUUAAAAUUUGAGAUGUAAGAAUGACUAUGUAAAAUUUGCCGUUAAACUUGCCGAUUUCUCUUAUUUUUACAUCCAAACAUAAAAUUUAAAGCUAUUAUAUGUAGGCAUAAUUAAAACUGUCAUUAUCUGUUCUAGACAACAUUGGGAUGGCACUGCCGGCAUCUUGUUCAACUUCUUCUCGGCCUGGUUUGUCCUCUGCGGCUUUGGGACCGCGGUGUUUGACUUGAUAAAUCAUCAAAAGUAAGAUUUAGAUUUUUAGCCAUUUACAUCAUAAUUUGUAAUAAAGUAAAUUACUAAGCAAAUAUUUCCAGUCCUCUCAACCAUUUCUGGCUGAUCCAAUGGAAUUUCGACCAGCUUUUGAUGACUUUAUUCGCCUGGUCUUGCAUGUACAUCUCCACGAUUGUAUGUGCUUAUAAUGGGCUCAAAUUGUGGGCCUUGAUUCCUUCGAAAUCCGUGACUUUUUCGAAUCAAGCGCCCUUCAUUGGGCUGUAUUUGUUGUACUUGAUCUCACUCUUCUAUUAUCCGUUAGUAUUUUUAUUCAAAUACGAAUUAAACUGCGCUUGCUCGUUCAUCAUCACCUGUGAAAAUGUGAGUCAUCUUAUCUGGGGAUGAUUUUUUGGAAUUUUCAAAAAACCUCAUUUUUGAAAUUUUUUCCAAUUUCAAGUCUAAAGCAAGAUAACUAAAUUUCAGACCCGGUUAUGCAUGAAAGUCCACUCAUUUGUCCGCGAGAACCUGGAUCGCGUCAUCAAACAUAAGGUUGACCAGGCACGUAAAGGAUUUACCGUCCAAAAAUUCGCUGAUUGCAUUGCUCAUCGAGAGAAUUUGGUGUUCCCAAGCAUCGGACAAUACGUUUACUUUACUUUUGCGCCAACUUUCAUCUACAGAGAUGAGUAUCCACGGUGAGAAUCAUCAAAAUUAUAUUAACCAUAUUGUUAGUUUAGCUAUAAUGUUUUUGAAAAAUAUGUCAUCAAGAUGUAUUUUUUUGAAAAAAGGUUUAAGGGUUGUGUCGAGAAGAAGUUUACAGCAUCUAGUCUCUAAAUUCGUACUCAAAAUCUUGGUUUUUCCAAUAAAAAUUCAAUUUUAGCACCGAUAAAGUGAAUUGGAAGCGAGUUUUCACGAUCUUCGCGCAUUGUCUUUUGGUGAUUUAUGUGGUGAAUUUGAUGUUCAUCAACUUUAUCCGUCCUCGAUUCAUCGAGAUCGACUACAAGAAGCAGUCGUUUGCCCAGCUUUUCUACCACACCUUCCCUUCAGUCAUCCCCGGAGGCGUCUGUUUGAUGAUGUUGUUCUAUGGCCUCUUACAUUCCUGGCAAAAUAUGUUCGCCGAGGCGUUGAGAUUCGCCGAUCGGCAGUUUUACGAGGUAAACUUUUUCUUGAAAAAGUUUGCGGUAUUUAUUGGACCAUUGAUUACAGUAGUUAGUUUAAUAUCAUGAUGUUUAUAGAACUGGUGGAACUCAAGAAAUAUGGCCGAAUAUUAUCGAGAUUGGAAUCUCACCGUGCAUGACUGGCUCUACGCCUAUGUUUACAGAGAUCUGUCAAUUGUGAGUUGAUUUAUGAAGUGUAGAAAAACAAGGGAAACCUAUCAGAAAUUAAGAAAUCGAACGGUUUUCCCUAUGAAAUGUUCCGCAAAAAAUUAUUAUACUUAAGAUAUUACAGCGAAAAACUAUUAUAAUUGAUGACUUUUUUAUAAGUUCAUAUAUCUACACGCGCAGUGUAUUUGUCCUGUCCAGGACUUCCACAGUCCAAAAAGAAAAGGAAAAUAUGAUGCGGUGCCUAGCGGUUUGACCCCAGCCUUGAAGAAAAAUAAUGAAUUUUAAUUUAGCGGCUUUUUCGAGCUAGCUUUGAAGGCCAAAAAUUCCUUUUAGGGUGUCUCAAAAAAUCGUUUGACAUGAACUUAUAUUUGUGAUUAUAUCUUGCCAGAGACUGAAGUCACCCAUAAUAAAAUAAUUUGAUAUGUCGUCAGUUAAAUUUUAUGACGUCUCUAUUCCCUUUUCAGAUCACCGGCAACACCAAAACCGGCCGAAAAGUGGCCCAGAUGACAGUCUUCUUCCUGUCGGCCGCCUUCCACGAAUAUUGGUUUGGCGUCUCCCUCCGCUUGUUCUACCCGAUCAUGUUCAACCUCUACUUUGUUUGUGGCGGCAUUUUCUUUUUGAUCUCGCGAUUUAUUUCCUCAGCCAGUGUGUGGAAUCUGAUGAUGUGGUUCAAUCUGCUGAUUGGGACCGGGAUGUUUGUCUCAUGUUAUGCCUCGGAAUGGUAUGCUCGACAAAGAUGCGACCCAUACUUUACGAACGCGUUCUUGGACACGGUUGUGCCCAGAGUUUGGACAUGCGGAUUGUAA